AUGCCUGCAGCCCCUCAAUAGAAAUUUCUGAUUUCUUCUUGCAGAAAAACCCAUCUUUAUGGCACAGCUCAUGUUUUUACAGGGAUAUCAGAAGGCCCUGUGUUAAAUCAAAUUUGCUAACACUGACACUCAUUUUAUUGGUCAGUAAAUGGCCAGGGUGUAUUUCUAUUGAAUCUCUAUUUUUUGUUAGUUCCCAUAUUUUCUUCAUGGAUUCUCAUGGGACAGAUUUUUUGUUGUUACACGUGCAACCUAUUUUUCUUUACAAGGAUAGAUUUUGUGCAAACUGAUUGUCAUUCCUCUGAUUCUUUCUCAUGGGAACUUACAGGCUAGCUGUUAAUUCAGCAGAGCAAAAUGAUUUUAUAAGAUCUUUUAAAAAUAAGAUUUCUGCUUAUAUGCAGCACUCACGCCUGCCUUAGCCCCCCUGGGGACAUGGAGGACACAUCCAACAAAGCCACCCUCAGGCCACAGGAGAUUCCUGACACUUUUAUCAGCUUGGAGGAACAUGAACCCACGGGUUUCAGCAGCAAGGAGUUCAUCCUGGAGAAAGCCAGAGCUGCCUGCACCCCGGGGAGCCUGAGCUCGUCCCUGCGCCGGCUGCUCCCAGUGCUGGACUGGCUGCCCCAGUACAGCCCCAGGACCCAGCUGCUGGGGGACGUGAUCUCAGGGCUCCUGGUGGGCAUCGUGGCCAUCCCCCAGUCCAUCUCCUACUCCCUGCUGGCCAACCAGGACCCCAUCUACGGCAUCUACACCAACUUCUUCUGCAACAUCAUCUACGCGGCGGCGGCCACGUCGCGCCACGCCAGCGUGGGCUCCUUCGGGGUGCUGUGCCUCAUGGUGGGGCAGUCGGUGACACGCCACCUGCAGCUGGCAGGCUAUGGGGACAGCAGUGCUGCCCUCGGGGACAACUCCAGCUCCCCCAGCAAUGGGACAGAGGGCUGUGACAGGAGCUGCUACGCCAUCACCGUGGCGCUCUCCCUGAGCUUCCUGGUCGGUCUUUACCAGAUCCUGCUGGGGGUUUUACAGAUGGGCUUCGUGGCUGUCUACCUGUCAGAGCCUCUCCUGAGUGGCUUCGUGACCGGCUCCAGCCUCACCAUCAUCACCUCCCAGAUGAAAUAUCUGCUGGGGCUGAAAACCCCUCGCCGCGACGGGGUGGGCUCCUUCGUGCUCACCUGGGUGGACAUUUUCAGCUCCAUCCACAACACCAACAUCUGCGACCUGCUCACCAGCCUGGUGGCUCUGGCUGUCAUCGUGCCCGUCAAGGAGCUCAACGAGCGCUACAAGGCGAGGAUGAAGGCGCCCUUCCCCAUCGAGCUGCUGGUGGUCAUCGUGGCCACCGUCAUCUCCCACUACUUUGACUUCGAGCGGCGCUACCAUUCUGCCGUGUGUGGGGACAUCCCCACCGGCUUCAGGACGCCCACGGUGCCGGACACCAGCCUGUUUCCCAGCCUGGCACUGGAUGCCGUGCCCAUCGCCGUGAUUGGCUUUGCCAUGACCGUGUCCCUGGCGGAAAUCUUUGGCAAGAAGCACGGCUACGCCGUCAGCGCCAACCAGGAGAUGAUCGCCAUCGGCUUGUGCAACCUCAUCCCUUCCUUCUUCUACUGCUUUGCCAGCUCUGCCGCCCUGACCAAGACUCUGCUGAAGGAGUCCACGGGCAGCCAGACGCAGCUGUCGGGGCUGGUCACCUCCCUGGUGCUGCUGCUGGUGCUGCUGUGGAUCGCCCCGCUCUUCUACUCGCUGCAGACCUCCAUCCUGGGCGUGGUCACCAUCGUCAACCUGCGCGGCGGCCUGAGGAAGUUCCGCGACACGCCCGCCAUGUGGCGGCUCAGCAGGCUGGACGCCGUGGUGUGGUGGGUCACCAUGCUGUGCUCCACGCUGGUCACCACCGAGAUCGGGCUCCUGGUGGGCGUUUGCUUCGCCCUGCUCUGCGUCAUCCUGCGCACGCAGAGACCCCGGGCCACGCUGCUGGGCCGGGUCAGCCACAGGGAGGUCUACGAGGACCAGGCCGCCUACAAACAGCUCAGCAGCGUCGCCAACGUCAAAAUUUUCCGCUUUGAGUGCUCGCUGUACUAUGCUAACAAGGAUUAUUUCAAGGCUGUGCUGUACCAGAAAACGGGGCUCAAUCCUGUCCUGCACAGGACGCACACGAGCACAGACAGGGGCUCUCGGGGUGCUGGGUUUGGCUGCCUCAAACAGGCCAGAAGGGCUGGGAAGGUUCCAGAAGGUGCCUGUGCCCCCUCCCCAGACAUGCACACCCUGAUCCUGGACUGUGGGGCCAUGCAGUUCAUCGACACGGCGGGGCUCUCCGUGCUGAAGGAGACACACCACGACUACCAGGAGCUCGGUGUCCAGGUGCUCCUGGCCAACUGCAACCCCUCCAUCCGCCAGCGGCUCCGGGAGGGCGGCUGGGCUGGCCAGGCAGGCACCGGGGCCCCGCUCGCCUUCCACUGCAUCCACGAUGCCGUGCGGUUCGCUGAGCGCCAGCACCAGGGGGAAGGCAAGGACAGACAGGCUGCUCCCCCGGAGCUCGACGGCACGAACUGCCAGCAGUCUCUGUAGCCCGAUGUGCCAGGAAAGGUUUCCAACGGGGAUGGGGUCGGGAGCAGGUUCGGUGUUUGCGCUGUCAGAACGCAGGAGGGGCUGGGAUGCUCUGCCAGGGGCUGG